AAUCAAAGGCACUUGUAUGGAGAGGACUGCUGGCCUCUGAAGGGAUCGAGCCAGUUCAGGCCAGCCUGCCUCUGCUCUUUCUCUCCUUCUCUCCUUUCCUUUACCCUCUCACUCUCUCUUCCUGUCCUGUCUGUUUAAGGAGAGAAAGACUUGGGAAAUUCCUUCAAGCUACUUUACUUCAGGUUUCUGUGGGAUUUAAACAUGCACACUGAGGUUUUGGUACAGUCCAUGUUAGUGCCGUUGUUUCUCAUUCUGCUCUCUACCGUGGAGGACACUUUGUUACAAUCGGUGAGUCAGGUGGGUGGUGUAUGUAAGCUGUCCACAGAGUCGUCCCUGCGCCGCUGCAAGACACCUGAUGGAAAGAUCUGCAGCGGGAGGGGCAAGUGCGACUGCGGCGUCUGCGUCUGCCAGGCCACGGACCCGGGGAAGUUCUAUGGUCCACGCUGCGAGUGCCACGACUGGGUCUGCGCCACAUACAACGAGAAAACUUGCAAUGACCGUGGCUACUGUGACUGUGGGAUGUGUGAGUGUGAUGAAGGCUGGACCGGAGAUGCCUGCCAGUUCCAGGAAGAGUGUAGCCUGCCCAACAAGAAGAGCAAAGAGCUGUGCAAAAACCCGCAGGGGGUGGUGUGCUCCAACAGAGGCACCUGCCAGUGUGGUAGCUGCCUGUGUGACAAUGAGGACAACAGGGGUCUGGUGACGGGACGUUUCUGCGAGUGUGACGACAGAGAGUGUCUGGACGAGGACACCGGAGAGGUGUGUGGAGGCCAUGGCCAGUGUUACUGUGGAAACUGUUACUGUGCUGCUGGUUGGCAUGGAGACAAAUGUGAAUUCCAAUGUGACAUCAGCCCAUGGGAAAGCAAGCGGAGAUGCACAUCUCCAGAUGGCAAAAUCUGCAGCAACAGAGGGACCUGUGUGUGCGGGGAAUGUAAUUGUCAUGAUGUAGAUCCAUCUGGAGACUGGGGAGAUAUACACGGAGACACCUGCGAGUGCGACGAGCGGAACUGCCAUGCAACCUACGACCGGUACACGGAUGACUUCUGCUCAGGUCAUGGACAGUGUAAUUGUGGCAGGUGUGACUGCAAGGAGGGAUGGGCCGGAAAGAAGUGCGAGCAUCCUCUGUCCUGCUCCCUGUCUCUGGAGAGCAGUGUGAGGAAGUGUCGCGGAACGUCCAAUUUGCCCUGCUUCGGACGAGGUCAGUGCCAGUGUGGACAGUGCACUUGCCACCCACCUGGGGACAACCGGGUGCACGGCAAAAACUGCGAGUGCGACGACCGCCAGUGUGAAGAUCUCAGUGGAGAGGUCUGUGGAGGUCACGGUUACUGUUCAUGCGGACGCUGCAUCUGCGAGGAGGGCUGGUUCGGGAAGCUGUGCCAGUUCCCCAGGUCUUGCGAUAUGAGCGACGCCCAGAGCAAGGAGCUUUGCGAGACCUCCGACGGAGUCAUGUGCAGUGGAAAAGGUUCCUGUCACUGCGGCCAAUGUAUCUGCUCACCCCAAGAGUGGUGGGUGUCUGGAGACUACUGUGAGUGUGAUGACCGGGAUUGUGACAGACAUGACGGCCUCAUCUGCACAGGGAAUGGACUGUGCAAUUGUGGCAACUGUGAGUGCUGGGAUGGCUGGACAGGGAACGCUUGCGAAAUCUGGGUAGGAGCAGAGUACUGAGGGAGGAGGACGAGGAGGAGGACGAGGAGGAGGACACUGGUGUUAAAGGACAAGAGAAGGCCUGGCUGCCCGGAGCGACCAGAGCACCGCCGACGGUCACCAACAGGCUGGUAAAAAAAAAAAACACCACGGCCUGGAAAAACCAUGGGAGGAGGGAGAAGACGAAACUAAACACGGAUGUAAUUCUGCAUAUCAUUAACAGCAAUCUUUUAUUGUACUGGUUACAAAUUAUACUUAUAAAACUGGGUGCUGUAGGUGUAAAAGAAACAUAAACAUAUUACCAUGUAAACACUUGUUUGCAGAUCAGCUUUAUGUUUUGUUUUUUGUUUUUUUUAAUAAUGUAGGAAUGCUUACAUAUUCCAGAUGGCUACACAUGAUAGGAUGCAGAUACAUGACAAAUCCACAUUGACAUUUUUUUGAAUAUGCAGGGGGGGUAAUGUAGUUAACUGGUACAAAGUGGUGUGUGUUGCUCCCAAAACUGGACUGAAAGUUCACUCGGAGAAGCUCAAGGCAUUUACUGUUUGAGGUUUUUAUUUCUUUUUUUUAAUAAUAAAACAUUAAAUGUGCCGCAUGACACAACAUUUUGCAUGGAAAACAAUGCGAAGACCUUAAUCAUACAUGGUUACAAAGUUGUUAUAACAUGACAUAACUCCAAUGGGCAUACUUGCAAUGGUAUAUAUAUAUUUUUUUUUUUUUCUUGAAAAUAAAUCAUCUUAAUAGUGCCUAUUCUUCUCCAGCGGAAAAUCAAACCAAACAAUCUUCUGUGAAACCCACACUGUACUCGGAGGGUACGUGACGGACAUUUCUCGCUCAGCUCAUACUAGUGAUAAGGUUAAAUUUCUAAAAGUGGAGGAAACAAAGAGAGGGCAUACAUAGUUCAGUUGUGGCAUGCUGGAUGUCCAUGUCACUUCAAAAGGUGGCAUCAGGGGAUGAGAGCUGCAUUGACACAAGAGCUCAGUCACCACUUGAAAAGAGGACCGAUAAGAAGUCACAAAGAAAAUUUAAUGUAAAUUCUACUUUGGCCUUUUUUCAUGCUUAAUCUAGCCAACCCCUCUGUUUUCUUUGUCCCAUCAAAAAAUGACAGGUGCAAUAAUAUACUGCACACUAUAUUGCAUUAAGUAUGUUACUGACAUUACAGUACACCUUUAUAUAAAUAUUUUAUUCAAUAUGUUGUAUAUGUGUAUACAACAAACACAAACUGUAUAGUGUAGACAAACUCGUUGCAUAUAUGUAUGUAAAAUUAGCGGUACAUACCAACAGUUCUUGAUAGACAUAGCCUACUACAUGCAGUUCAUCGAUGCCAUCCUCUCCCCAUGCAACAGAUGGGACAACGUACAAAAUAAGAGGUCGAGAACAGAAGCGACAAAGAAACUAAGUUUGCUAGAAUAUCCUCGUAACACAUCCGAAGAGAGGUGGAACAAAGCAUAAGUGAUCGGGAUCAGGAGACAACAUCACACGCGACCCGUAUACGAGAGAGAAAAAAAAAAUGAAGACAAAAUAAAUUAAUUUAAAAAAUAAAAUAAAACAAAGUGGCUACAGAGAUCGAAAAAACAGAGAUGUACAUUUACACACCGGUCAUUUACAAAAAUAAAGUCAGCCUUAGAGGAGCCAGUUAACUGGACUGCAGGGCUGGAGCAGUAGCCAGCCCAGCAUGUAGAGUUUGUAAAAGUGGAUGAUGGUUGGCUGUAAUGAGGACAGAACAUCAGCCCCCAAAUACAACUACAGUGGUUUCCAGCUCCUAUGUGUGUGUGUGUUUGUGUGUGUGUGUAGAGUACGCCACUAGCAUUGACACAGCUUUGUACAGACAAAUAUUGAACUUCGAUGUGCUGUAAUAAGAAAUGCUCGUGUGUGUAAUCUCAAUCAAACUAAAAAAAAUCAUAUUUACCAAAUCAACUUCUUAAUAUAGUUGCAGUUUCAGCGGCACACAGCAGCGACGAUCUACUUAAUAUUCUAAAUCUUACUGUUAGGAAAAAAAUCAUUAAAGCGAGACAAAUGUUACAAAUCGAUUGAUCAGGUAGAGCUUCGAUAAAACCGUUAACAGUCGUGAUGAAUGCAAAACAGAAAGUGCAGUGUGUGUGGGGGGGGGUUUACCUUCAGAUUAGCUGUGAGUGUGCUGUAACCUACGUGCAUGCCCGUUCAACUCCCACACCGAACGUCAGUGCUCUUCAGCUUAACACGGAGUGAAGAACGAUACCCAUACCUUGUUCCUUAUAGAAAAUACAUGCAUGUGAUUAAUUCAAGGUAUGCGUAUUUCUUCAAAAUGACAUCAGUCGAGACCUUCGGGGGGGGUCUGAGCGGGGGUUGAUUCUUUUUUUUUUUUUUUU